AAAUCUGACGGGAAAAGGCGGGUUUGACAACACUGUGCCCAUGUGGUAAACUGAAUCUUUCACUUUCAAAUUAUAAAUGAAACUCUAGUGAAAUGCUGCGAAAAUCAAAGAAACAGCCCCAAACGGUGGCCGAAAAGGUCAGCAAACUCCUUGCCCAUCCGAACGAGAGCGACAGCGCCGAGGACUCGGACUUCGACGUGACCACCGGGCCCCGUCUGGUGGACUUCGAGGAGGAGGAAUACGACCUUCCGGACGCGCGGAGCACCGACUUCAGGAAGAGAAAUGUAAAGCUGCUCUCGGAGCAGAGUGAUCGCUACAAGGGCAAGAUCAGCAGCCGCAAGGAGCUUGAUGACGAGGAUGAGGACCAGGAGUUGUCCUAUGAGGAAAGCGACGAGGAUGAAGAUGAUGGGGGUUUGGCAGACUUUAAACAGAAGCUAAAGGCUGGAGAAGCUGAAGAUUCAGAGGAGGAAGACCUUGGAGGUUCGGAAUCCGGUCAAAAUGGGGAUGAGCCAGACUUCAAUAAGAAAUUAUUGGCUGGACAUUUUGAUGAUGAAGAGGUGGAUGAUGACUCUGAUUCUGAUGAUUCCGCUGAGGACAACAGCCAAGAAAGUGAAGAAGAGGACGACGAUGACGAUGAAGAUGACGAUACCGGCGAUGAAGAUGCAGAGGAAGGCACCAUCAAACCCUCGGAUGUGAUGUCGAAAACCAACCACCAGGCUGAAAUCCAAAAAGGACUCUGCGUCCAAAACCAACUUCGCGUCUGGGAGCGACUCCUUGAGCUAAGGAUCAACACGCAGAAGUUUACAAGCAAAGCGAACCAGUUGCCUGCUCCGGAGACACUAGUGAAACUAGGAUCCGAGAGUGAUGAGCUCCAAUCGGUGCUUAAGGAGGCGCAGGAACGCUCCUCCAAGCUGUUGCAGCAAUUGCUGGCUCUCCAGUCGGCUCUUCACCAGCAAAACUCGGAGUUGAGGAAGGCGGUGAAGCGUAAGCAGCCUUCUGAGGAUUCGGGUCCAGCCGCCAAAAAGUUUGGCUCUGUGCUGCACAACAACUUCCAGCAGAUGACGGGAUAUCGCAAUGAAGUCCUGCUAAAGUGGGACGAUCGCACCAAGCUCCUGACUCCCGGAGCCGGUGUUAAACGCAAGUCAGUGCAGGAGGAUUACGACAUCAUCAAGAAGAUCGACAGCGCUCUGGCCAACCGGGAAGCGCUUGUGGAGAAGUCGCAGACGCCAAAGAGCAAUCAGGCGGAUCAGCAGGAAAACGAGCCGGUGCAGCGGGUAAAGCACAUCUACGACGAUAGCGAUUUCUAUCACCAGCAGCUUCGCGAGCUCAUCGAGUACAAGGCCAGCACCUCCUCUAACAUGAGUGAGAUCACCAAGCAGUUCGUGGAGCUUCAGAAGCUGCGCCAGAAGAUGAAAAAGAAGGUGGACACCAGGGCCAGCAAGGGGCGAAAGCUGCGAUACGUGGUGCACAACAAACUCAUCAACUUUAUGGCGCCCAACGAAAAUAGCGAAUGGACGGAGAGCUCCAAGUCCGAGUUGUAUAAAUCGUUGUUCGUCUAGAAAACAUCUAAAUGUAAAACUAUAAUAUAUGGUAUAUGAAGUUUUAAAUAAGAAUAAAACCUAUAAAAUGUCAUAAAAGCUGUUAAAUUGUCAUUUUAGCCAAUCGUCCUUAGACGAAUUAGAAUAUUACCCCUAUUGCUUAAAAUAAUACGUUAUAUUAUCUACUAAAAAUAAAAGAAUAUUGAUGUUGAAUUUGA